CCAACGCAAUGUUUUGACGAUCAACAGGUCUGAGGGAAGCUCGUGCUCGGUGGUGUCGAGAGGAGCAAUGGGAUCGUCCGCAGAGUUCCCGACGAUCGCGUUAAUUUUCACGGUGAAAUCCUCGAAGAAGACGUCGUCGAGUGGAAAGAUGACGAUGAACCCAACCGGUGGUCCAGGGACCCCGGAAGAGUACCAAUGGAGGAGGUGACGUAUCACCCAGUGAUGCGUAAACGACGUGGAUUGGCCAGCGCCGUUCUUGGCCUGACAGUGGGCCUUCUCCUGGGCUUCCUCAUCCAAAGCUACCGGAUACUCUCGUCGAGCCAUCACCAACGGGUCAAUAUUUACGCAUCCUCGAUGCCUGGGCCACGCGUGCUAAUCAAGCCCCCGGCGCGGAACGUUCCCAAGCUGAACGACGACGAGCAGAUAAACAGUUCCGCGAGCAGUUUGGUCUUCGUGGGUGUCAUGACGGCCGGCAAGUACCUCGACACGCGAGCGAAAGCUGUGUACGAGACCUGGGGCAAGGAGCUGCCCGGGAAAAUAGCGUUCUUCUCGUCCGAGAGCUCCACCGUCCCGUCGAACUGUCCCGAUCUACCUUUGGUCCCGUUGCCGCGAGUCGACGACACGUACCCGCCCCAGAAGAAGUCGUUCAUGAUGCUUCAUUACAUGUGGAACAAUUACGGCGAUCGUUUCGAGUGGUUCCUCAGGGCCGACGACGAUGUCUACGUCAGGACAGACCGUCUCGAGAAGCUGCUGAGGUCCGUCGACUCCAGGAGAGCCAUGUACAUCGGUCAAGCCGGCAGAGGGAACUCUGAGGAAUUCGGAUUGCUGUCACUCGAGUACGACGAGAACUUCUGCAUGGGCGGACCAGGUGUUAUAUUGUCCAGGGAGACCUUGAGGAGGAUCGUACCGCAUAUCAAGUACUGCUUGAGGCACUUGUACACCACGCACGAGGACGUCGAAUUGGGAAGGUGCGUGCAGAAGUACGCUGGCAUACCUUGCACAUGGAGCUACGAGAUGCAGUCCAUUCUGUACCACAACAGCAGCGGUGCACAAGCGUUCACCGGAAACCUGAAGAAAAAAGAGGUUCACCGCGCGAUCACGCUGCAUCCUGUUAAAAGUCCGCCGCACAUGUACAGGCUGCACAAUUACAUGAGGGGCCUACGGAUACAGGAUCUGCAGCAGGAGAGGCUCGAUCUUCACAGAGACAUCUACGCCAUGGCCGGCCAGCUCGGGAUAAGCGUCGAGGAUCUCAAGAAUUACGAGAUCGCCGAAGGCGUUCCCCUGUUUCCUGUUAACUCUCACUCGAAAGAGUAUCCCGGCGACACGGAGAUACUGGGUGAGCUUUUGAUUGAUUUUUUGAAACAUGGACAGAACUUGAAAAAUAAAUAUUACGUGUACAGUGGAGUUAUUGUUGACAAAAAUUUGGUUUACAUCACUCUGACUUUCACCCUUUUAUUUAUAGUGUGGUGACGUAAUUAGGUACUCGAGAAGUUAAAGAGACUUUCACUUAUCUAAUUUCUAAUCUGUCUAUCGGAGUGCUUCGUGCAAUAUUUGCAAUGCGAUUUUUCGAAAUAAUUUCAAUUUCGGAUGAACACUUUCGAAUAUACAAUACUCUCCUGUUCUUCAAAGGAAUUACCUUCUGCUUGUUCUUUUAGGCUUCUUUUUUUCUUCCUCGUCUUCUAUAAUAAUACCGGUACGUCUUUCAACGUGGCUUAAUCAAUAUUCAUCACAAUGUUGAAAGGCAGAAAGCCGAGAUGGAAGCAACUUUAAUUACGUUACAGUUACAGUGUGCAUGUUUCCAAGCAAAUUGCCGAAUCAUCGCAUUUAAUUCGAGUUGUUACUUUGAUGGACCGAGAUAUCUUCCGAGUGAGUCGUCAGCAUCGAAAUCUUCGUAGAUGGAUUUCAUGACUUUUUGCACUUUUGGACUUAGAGGAGAAUCUGGUUAAUCCUACUCUUCGAUGACAAAACUAAAAUAUUAAUAUACAGCCAGUCUCAUAAGUAUUCGUACUCUUUAUAUCUAUCGAAGAAAGUCUAAAUGAUAGGUUUCAUGUU